AUGCCAAAGGUUUCAAAGAAGGAGACCCCCAAGGUCUCAAAGCGCAGUGCAAAGAACGUGGAGGUCAAGCAGAAGAAGAAGAAGAGAGCUAAGAAGGACCCCAACGCCCCCAAGAACCCUCUCUCGGCCUACUUGUUGUUCUGUAAUGACCACCGUGACGCCAUCAAGGCCAAGAACCCUGAUGCAUCCUUCGGUGAACUCGGACGCAAGCUCGGAGAUAUGUGGCGUAGCUACUCUGACGCCCAGAAGGCGCCCUACAACACCAAGCACGAGAAGGCCAAGGCCGCUUACGCCAAGGAGAAGGCUGCCUAUGACGCCAAGAAGGCCAACGGCUCGGAUGAUGAUGAAGAUGAGGAUGAGGAUGAGUCCGACUAA